AUGAUCCAAGCACCACAAGCAAGAAAUAAGAAUGGACGAAUUUCUUGUAGCGCGAGCAUCAGCGAACCAACGAGAGGAGGUUCUCGAUGGGUAUUCGCAUAUAUUUUUGCCCCAACGAAUGAGAUAGGGUUCAACCAUCCAGACCGUGUGCGUGCACGCACGCCCUGGGUUAUCUGUAUCGUGGUGUCUCCACCUGCAGCGGCCAUCAAUCAGCACUGUGUGUGCCAUCAUCCUCCAUCAUCAACCAGCAUUUCCCAUCUCCACCCGCCAGCAUUAGGGCUGCGACUACAGUACUGGGCCACCAGAGGCAGACCACCUGCAGAAUUAGUGGAACCUUCGAGCUCUCUCUCUCGCGCUCGCACUUCUGCUGCUGCUGGUGGUUGUGGUGCUGGUCUGCGCCUUAGGAACUCGGGCCAAGUGGCAGGCAUUGCACGCAGGGUUCCAUCAUCAAGGAUUGCCAAGCAGGGGGGACAAGGGAGAAGAGACAAGGACCAGGGAGAGCAAGAGCAAGAGCAGGAGCAGGAGCAGGAGCAGCGGCAGCGGAGAGUAGUGCAGUGCAGUGCAGUGCAGAAGAAGCGUUAG